GGAGGCGGAGGUGGCAGUGAGCUGAGAUCGCACCACUGCACUCCAGCCAGCGCGACAGAACGAGACUCCGUCUCAAACAAAACAAAACAAAACAAAAUAUAAAAUUAGCCGGGCAUGGUGGCGUCUGCCUGUAGUCCCAGCUGCUUGGGAGGCUGAGGCAGGAGAAUUGCUUGAACCCAGGAGGUGGAAGUUGCAGUGAGCCGAGAUCGCACCAUUAAACUCCAGCCUGGGCGAGAAGAGGGAAAUUCCGUCUCAGGGGAAAAAAAAAAGAAAGAAAGAAAAAGAGAAAGAAAGAGAAAGAAAAAUACGCAAAGCAACAAAAAAGAGAGCUAGAAAGAUGGAAACAACUCAGAAGACCCUUGCUUAACCCGCGUGCGUCACGGGCUACAGGGGUCGGCCCCUCGAGCUAACCCCCACCGGCGCCUGCGCACUGGCCUGGCCCGCGGCAGGAAGCCCCGGCGUGAGACACUUUCGGAUUCCGUGACAACGGCCGGAUUAAACGUUUUUCUUCUCCUUUGCUACUGAACCUAUGCUGUGACUUAGAACAGAAGAAACUCCGAGAGGCUGUAGGGAUUGUCUUAGCUGUCUCCCUCCUCCGCCGGCACCGCUGAAGGCAGCCCCUAUCGAGGGCGCUAAACCUCGGGGCCCUGGGUUUCUAUGACGACAAACAGGCGUUCCAGCAAAGGAGGAAGUGAGCGGAUGCUGGGCGGGACUAUGUGGCAGCCUGCAAGUCCCAGUGCGGCGCUGAUUUGUGUCUAAAUUAGCUUUCCGGAGGACUAUUUCAAAUUACUAAAGAGAUAGGAGGCAUUGUUUAUUAUGUCUCUCCCGAAAACGCCCUCCACCCCGCUAAACUCUACAUCAACAUCUGAGAGCAAAAAGUUAAAAGUGUCUGUAGCCAAGGAAGGGACAAGAGGACUUCCUGAGCUAAAGGAGAAAAAAAAUAUGGUGGAUCGUUCAAAACUCCUUCCUACUUCCCUUCAGAAUGAGUUCAUUCCCAAAGAAGUUCUUCUUUCUCUGACCUAUGCGGCCAAUGCUGGUCCUUGUCCUGAAAACUUACUACCUCCUAAGAAAAUUAAAACCCCAAAGGGCACUCUUCCACGCCUUGUAGACCAUGUCUGGCAUCACCCUGUUCGAAGGAAUAAAUUCAAAUACCUGAUUGACCAUCCCGUCUCCCUCACGGGAGCUGGAAGGGAUAUUUCUUUUCUGUAUGAUGUUACAUAUGCCAAAGGACAGACUAGGGAGAAAGCAGUUUGUCCCCCACAUUUGGCCCGUUCAUUACAGUCACAUGAUGGUGUCAUUGUGCCCCAUAAGCCAAAGACACUAACAGAUACUUUGAUUCCUGAAGAAUUUCAUAUUGUGUCAAGUACAGGAGUUUCAGGUUUGGAGUGUUAUGAUGACAAAUACACUACUCUCCUCACAGAUAGUGAAAACAGGCUAUUGCUCUUCCCAUCCAUGAAACCUAAUAAAAGAGUAGAAGUGGCCCAGCUGAAUGAUGUGAUGGAUACUAUGCUAGAGAGGGCUGGUGUGGAAAAUCAGGGAUAUACAGGACCAACGAAGAUGCACAAACUACUACAUAUAUUGAAGAAGGAACAGACCAUUUACAACAUGAUAUUUCAUGAACUUAUUCGACAAGUCAGUGUGGACUGUGCAGACAGAGGAGAACUUCUGUCUAAAGUCAGAGAGAGGUAUGUGCAAAUGCUUGACCAGAUUGCUCGGCAGAUGAUUGAUUUCUACAAAGACUUGGUAACUCAGCGAGUGAUGGACCAGCGCAUUUUAGAAGAAUUGUAUAAUUUCAAGCAUGUUAUUGAAGAACUGACCAGGGAACUGUGUCUAGUUCGGGCACAUGAUGUGAAAUUAACAAAGGAAACAGAAAAAGCCCACAAGGAUUUGGCACAAGCUAUUUUAAAUGCGGAAAAGAAUGCCAAAAUGGUAGAAGAAUAUCAUGACUUAUAUACAUUACAAAGAGAAAGGAUGGAGAAUGAUAUGAAACAGUUAGUGGCAGAAAGAGAUAUCUGGAGCUCAGCCACAUAUGAAUUGGCCCUGAAGGUGAUUGAAAGAAAUAGAGUCAUAUUGGCUAGAAGACUUUACCUUAAUGAAAAAGGCUGGAAUAAAUACACUAAGCAUUUCAUCAUACUGCUGUCAAACAAGGACACUGAAGACCUUGCACUGUUGCAGAAGUUGACACAAAAAUGGAGAAACUUAGUGAAUAAACUUAAACAAGAGGUAGAACAAAUGGAAGAGUCUACAAGCGAGACACUGAAAAUUGUUAAGGAUGGGCUUAUCAAAUGGCAGGAGUUCUUCAAUGAAAAAGACAUUUUAUCCCCUAACAAGGGAAAUAUAUUUAAUUCAGUUCUUUUAGACUUCAAACAGUGGCAGAAGAUCCUGAAUGAGAAAAAAGAAGAGUUUACUGGGGAUGUUCUACUGUCAAAAUACGAUACUCUCAAGAUUAUUAAACAUUUACAGGAAAACUGGGCAGAUAUUGGGCUUGGGAUAUUUAAUCGGCAUAAAAGUUUGGAGGGGGAGAUGCCAUCAGAGCAACAGUACAUGGAGGAAAUUAUCAAAAACAUACAAAAACUCUACAAAGAAUAUGAAAUAAGAAUAAAUGGGGAGAAUGGUUACUCCAAAAUUCUUCCAAGUUUGAUUAGUUCUCUUGACUUCUGUGCUUUCAAGUUGGAAAACCUGGAGUUUCCUGAUACGCCUCUUGAAGAAUGGCAGGAAAUAGAUGAAAAAAUUAAUGAAAUGAAAUCACACUUGGAUAUAUUGUUAAACCUUACUGGUAUUGUUCCACAGCACAUAGAUGUAGAUUCUGUUUCGGUACUCCAAGCGUAUAUAUUUAACAUGAUUCAACAAUGGCUUUUGAAGAUAGGCAAUGAAAUUAACAACGGUAACAUUGAACUUCAGCACCACAUGGAUGAGUUACAUAUAUCUAUGAUCCAGUGGAUGGUAAACUUGCUGAUUUUAAUGAUACCCAACUUUACUGACCAAGACUGUCUCCUGAAGUUGGAGGAGGAAAGUGCUGAGAAACAUGAUAUAGGAGUUGCGCGAUUGGAGCUAGAUGCGAUUGAACUGACAAGGAAGUUGUACCAAUACUCCAGCUAUUUGAGCAGUUGUUGCAAAGGGAUGGUAACAGCAAUGGCUGUGAGUAAAUCCACUAACUUACACAAAAAUGCUACUGAAGACCUUUAUGAGGUGGAUAAGUUGAAGAAAGAAUGUUAUGAAUGGAUCAACACAUGCUCUUGCCUCCUUUCUAAUAUCAAAGGCAGAAAAAUUACAUUAUUGACAUAUGAAGAAAUAGAGCAGCUACUUGAAGAGGAGGCUGUAAAAGAAUUCAUUGAGCCUGAAAUAGACGAGUCUUUUAAAGAAGAUGAAGAAGAAAGUAAGGAGGAUAGGAAACUUCAGGAGGAAAAUAAAGAGAGAGCAGAAGAACAACCUUCAACAUCUACAGAGAAGGAAAAACUCAUUCGAUUCAUUGGAGAAGAUGAAAAUGUUCAUUCCAAACCUCUAUUUGAAACAGAUGUGUUGUCUUCCUGGAGAGAGUCAGCUAAGCAAGGUACAUUGGCCCAAAAAUAUCUUGAAGCAAUGGCUGUAAUUGAACAUAUGCAGGAGAAGUUACUGGAGGUUGAAAAUAGAGCCAGACAGGCAGAGGAGAAGUUUGAAGAUGCAUAUGAGAAACUUCAUCAUACCCUUAUAAAAAAUAAAGAUCUAGAGGAAUUAGUCAUGACAUCAAGAAAGGAGUCUAAAGAAGAGAAAGAAAAUCAAGAUGAAAGAGAAGUAAAAGAAGAAGAAGAAAAACAAGAAGAAGAAGAAGUCAGGUCAGCAGAAAAUUCCUCAAAAUCUCCAAAGAAGGGUCACUGAAUCCAAGGCAACCUGUGGAAAGAAGAAUUCAGAUGUCAGUGGGAGCCUCCAGGUGGGAGGAGAGCAUGCCUAAACCCUGGUGGCCAUUGUUCUGUACUAAGGAACAACAUUCCCUUUGAAAGGACAUUAUUUGCCUGUUGUAUUUAACUUCACAGUGCCUUGCAAAGAGUUGUUUAACUUGCAUGGUGCCACCCAAUAAAUAUCUGUGCAAUUGAA